UGAGGUUCCAUUUUUUGUUUGUAUGUGUAAGGGAAACAAAGAUUGCAUUAAAAAAUCUCAGUUUAAUUGGUUUGAGCUUCACUCUCUGGAGCUGAAGCACAAUCAACAUUGAGAUAACAAAAGAAUUGAUUUUCAAUUUGAAUUUCAAUUGUAAUUAAUAUUUGUGAGUUGAGUUUCAGUGACAAGCAAAAAUGGAAGAAAACAACAACAUUAAUGAAAAAAAAAAUGGGGUUGAUGGAAACAAUGUAUCUGAUACGAAAGGUGGAGACUUUUUUGAUUUUUCACCAAAAAGAAGCAUAGCAGAAAGAAGGGGUUUCAAUUCAAAUGCAGCAAGGAUAAACACAGCACUUUUUCGUGUUGCAAUGAAUCCUUUAACUUCUCCUUCAGCUCGAUCGCCACAACUAACAAUACCUUCUGGAAUUAGUCCUACUGCAUUGCUUGAUUCCCCCAUCAUGCUGCCAAAUUCUCAGGCCAUGCCUUCUCCCACGACUGGGAGUUUCAUGAUGCUUCCACCUCUGACUAAUGAAGGAUCAAUGCUCACUUCUGUCACACUUGAGCAAAGGAAUAUGGAUGUGCCUACUGCCUCUGAUAUUGCCUCCUCUUUCAAAUUCAACAUUCAACCCAAUUUGGAUCCUAAUUCUUUACCUCCCUAUUCUGCUUCUCUAAAUCAGGUUUCUAGUAAUUUCCACAAGGUAAAAGGAGCACAUAGAGACAACCAAAUGCUUCUUCAAGAUCAGCUACGGUUAGAUUUUUCAUUCCCAGAAGAUUUAUCGUAUGACUAUUUUGCUAAAAUCAAUGGAGUCCAUUUCUACAAUGAUGUGAAAAUGGUAGAUGAUAUGAUUGCUGAUACCAAUAAUGUUGAGAUACCGAUAUCUCGUUCUGAAGAAGCUAGCGAUGAAAGCAGUCUGCCCGAAAAUUCUAUCCAUAGCGAAGAUGUCGGACGACAAGUAGUUUUAGAAGCAGAACAGAAAGAGACGUCUCAUGCAACAGGAGUGGUAAGGACCUCAGAAGACGGUUAUAACUGGAGAAAAUAUGGACAAAAACAGGUAAAAGGUAGUGAAUAUCCAAGGAGCUACUAUAAAUGUACUCAGACUAAUUGUCAGGUCAAGAAAAAGGUGGAAAGAUCACUUGAUGGACAAAUAACAGAAAUUAUUUACAAGGGUACUCAUAACCAUGCAAAACCAACUUCUAGUCGUCGAGCAUCGGUACCUUCUAAUGAUGAGAUGUCGGAAAUCGCUGAAGCUAAUGAAACAUGUAACAGAGUCGAUGCUGAUUCUGUUUGGAGAAAUAUUCAGCCGCAAGUAAAAGAUACAAAACACAAUUAUUUGGAUUGGAAGCCUGAUGGUCAAGAAAGGACAUCCUCAACUUCUGUUGUGACAGAGGUUUCAGAUCCUAGGUCGAGGAAGAGAGCUAGAUCUCGAUAUAUGUUUGAAACGGACGACACUCUGGAGCUUUCUUCCACACAUGGUAAUCAUGAUGGUGAUAAAGAUGGAGCUAGUCAAGCAGUCUUAGCACUUGAAGAGGAUGCUGAAUCAGAAUCAAAAAGAAGGUACUCUACUCUAUAUGAUAGUGUCUUCAUGUUGGUAUUGGCAGUACAAAUAGAAAGACAACCUAUAUAUGUUGUUACUUUAAUUUUCUAUUCCAGGAAGAAGGAGAGCUGUCCGGUUGAAACAGCUGUGCCUUCCAGGGCUGUUCGCGAGCCGCGAGUGGUUGUCCAAAUCGAGAGUGAAGUGGACAUACUUGAUGAUGGUUAUCGCUGGCGAAAGUAUGGACAGAAGGUUGUCAAAGGGAAUCCAAACCCAAGGAGCUACUACAAAUGCACAAGUGCUGGAUGUUCUGUAAGGAAACAUGUGGAAAGGGCUUCACACAAUCUAAAAUAUGUUAUAACUACUUAUGAGGGAAAACAUAACCAUGCGGUUCCGACGGCUAGAAAUAAUAAUAACAAUAAUAAUAAUAGUAAUAGUAAUAAUAAUGACAACAAUCAGAUAAACUCAAGUGAUGGUGGCUUACCACCCAGUGGCGCUAACGCGCAAAUGGCCAGUUUCCCGAAGUCUGAAGCUCAUGAAUUGCUUGCGACUAAUUUCGACCGAAAACCUCCUGACUUUAGCAAUGAGUUUCUACGGUCUAGUUUGAUUGGAAGUUUCAGUAAUGAUAUGAAGUUUGGACCUUCCUCCAUAUCCCAAAUGAAAUAUGCAACCUUGAAUAAUACCAUACCUUAUUGCAACUAUGGAAUGAAUCCUGACCGCGGUGCUGCACGUCAAGCUGGACCGAUGAUGUUCCCUGAUUUUCCAGUGCCGCUACAACUGAAUCUUCCCUCAGCUGGAAACUAUUCUCUAGCAGGGAUUAAUUUUAACCAAGUAAAACCAAUGAGUUCUUCUGUCCAGUCUUUCCUUUCAGGGCAGCAGGGGAAGGACAUUGAUCCAGGGUUCCUAAGGCCUAAACAGGAGCUGAAAGAUGAAUCUUUAUAUAACGCAUGCGCGCCGUCUCUUGAUCGUGCAAGUCCCACACUCACUCCACCAUCAUCAGCAUCUGCAUCACCAUCUAUUUAUCAAAGUAUCAUGCAAAAUUUCCCUUCAUAAUCUUGUUUUUACAACUAUUAGCAACAACAGGUUCUAUUGGAUUUUUUUUAUAGUUUUUUUAAGCUCAUUUGUCCUGAUAUUGUAUCAAUUUUUCUAAAUAUUCAUUGAAACAAUACUGACAUAUGGUUAGUGUCAUACAAAUUCCAUACAGACAUUUUGUAACUAGUUCUUGGUAUUGGUAGGUGAAUUUCUUUUGUAACUAGUUAUUGGUAGGUUAUUCUCAAUAAAUUAAGAUAUUGUUAUUUUGGAACUA